AUGGCAUCUACACUAAUGGCAGCAACUGCUAGCUCCAGCACUCUUCUUAGACCAACCCCAUUUCUUGGCCAAACCAGAGGGCCAAGUUUCAACACUCUUAGAGAUGUUGCCCCAAUGGGAACUGGGAAAUACACCAUGGGAAAUGAGUUGUGGUAUGGCCCAGAUAGAGUGAAGUAUUUGGGACCCUUUUCUGCUCAGACUCCUUCGUACCUCACCGGAGAAUUUCCCGGUGAUUACGGAUGGGACACUGCAGGGUUAUCAGCUGACCCAGAGGCCUUUGCUAAGAACAGGGCUCUUGAGGUGAUCCACGGCCGGUGGGCUAUGCUUGGAGCACUAGGCUGCAUCACCCCAGAGGUGCUUGAAAAAUGGGUUAGAGUGGACUUCAAAGAGCCAGUGUGGUUCAAAGCCGGAGCUCAAAUUUUCUCAGAAGGUGGCCUUGACUAUUUAGGCAACCCCAACCUUGUCCAUGCUCAGAGCAUCCUAGCAGUGCUAGGAUUCCAAGUCAUUCUCAUGGGGCUUGUUGAGGGAUUUCGCAUCAACGGUCUUGACGGCGUAGGAGAGGGCAACAACCUCUACCCUGGAGGGCAAUACUUCGACCCUCUCGGCCUUGCCGAUGACCCUGUCACAUUUGCUGAGCUCAAGGUCAAGGAAAUCAAGAAUGGGAGACUAGCCAUGUUCUCCAUGUUUGGCUUCUUUGUCCAAGCCAUUGUCACUGGGAAGGGUCCUCUUGAGAACCUCUUGGACCACCUUGACAACCCUGUGGCCAACAAUGCAUGGGUCUAUGCCACCAAGUUUGUGCCUGGGUCAUAA